AUGCCCCAUUAUCAUUGGCCUUAUCCACCACCACCUCAACAACCAUUUCAAGACCCAUACUACAACCACCACCACCACCACCAAGAGCUUUACGCACCACAAACUUACACUCAACAAGCAACUGCUGCUGCUGCAACACCAUUACCACCAUCAUAUGAAGAAAGUAUGGCUUUAUUCAUCCAAACUUUACUACCUGGAAUAGACACACAAUCUGUGACUGCGAUCUUGAAAGCCACCAGUCUUAGUAUCUCCACUGUGCUCAUUGGAAUCAUUUAUACAAAACGCCGCUACCCCUACAAUGUUCGCUUGGUCAACCUUGUUGUUGGGUUUGCUCUUGCCAACAAGUUUAAUGAUGACAAUACAUUCACCAAUAGAUCCUGGAGUACUGCAUCUGGCGUUGCGGUGGAAGAGUUGAACAGGGAGGAGAAGCAGUGGUUAGAGGAUAUAAAAUGGGGCUUGUCGGUUGUCAACUUUGAAGCCGAAAUUUUGGCUUUGGAACAAUUUUGGGAAACUUGGAUUCAAAGAAAUUGUUAUUUCGUUUAUUAG